AUGAGCUUUAAUCUUCCCAAUCCCAGUCUAUUAGGAGUACUUCUUGUUAUAUCAACACAUAGUGGACCUCAAUUGGCUUACAAAUAUCCUCCUAGUUUAAAUGAAUCUUCAAAUAUCCCAAAAUUUAAAGAUGUGAAUAAUUGGCAUUAUAGUAGUGAAGAAGAAGAUGACGAUGAUGAUGAGUUGUAUGGACAACAAAGCAGUAGUGAUGAUCUGGAUCAAGAAUUCACUAAACGUGAUCUAUAUGAGUAUAGUUCUGGUACUAAUUCUGCAUGGGAUACCCAUCAUAUAGAUUAUUACUUGGGCACUAAAUUAGAUCUACUACUGUUUUUGGAUGAGCAGAAUCAACGACGAAGCUAUCUAAAUAAAGUUAAAAGGGCAGCAACUGCUAAUAAAUCUUCUACCAAGAAGACUACAGCAAAAACAGAGGUUAGUAAUACUGACAACACUAUAUAUGGAAUUGAUCCAGCUUAUUUAUGUGAAAUGUUGGCACCGCCGAAGAAAAUGUGCAAUACUCGAUUUGAAUUAACAAUUGAGAACAAGGUUUUCUUGGGUUUGCCUAUUCAUAAAUAUGAUGAUGGACAUUGGAGAAAGCCAAGCGAGAAGAACAAGAGUUAUCAUGAUCACGAUGGAGAUAUUGACAAUGAAUUGGCAGAAGAUCCCAAGCCUGAUGAUUCACCUAGCAAACCUAGGCUUUCUUUGAACAUGUUCCAUCUUGUGUUUAUUAUGAAUCCUCCCAUGAUUGAAUCAAAUUAUCGUAUUGAUGAAAUGUUUCAUUAUGUUAUUUCAAGAUUAUCUUUAGUUUUAAGAUAUGAACAGCUGAAACAUGAUUAUAUAUGUGAUCAAGUAAAGAGUAUUUUAACCAUCAAAGAUCAAUACACUGAUGAAGAAGAGCUACAAACAAAACUAUUAGAAAAAUCAAGCUUGUGUAAGUUAAUUCAUGAUUGUUACAACUCAAUCACAACUUCAAAAAUUGCCAAUCUUUUAAUAAAUGGUAAAUUAAGAUCAUUUCAAAUUCCAAUAAAAACCGAGUUCCAUUCCUUACCUGACUCAACAGUUCCCUAUAUUCCUGGAUCUUAUUUAUCAUCAACAACUAAUUUAUUAAAUAAUACCGGUUUAAUUAACAUUGGAGAAACUUCAAGAUAUGGCCACACGUUUAAUGCCUUUCGAGAAGAUGAUGAAGAAGAAGAUGUUAUUAUGUAUUUUGCAUUACUAUUACUAGAUGAACCAGAAUCCAUGAUUCGUGAUAUAAAAACUGAUAAACAAAGUAAUAUGGCUAAUUUUAUAAGAAUGGUUGAUUCAAGACAAUCACUUUUUAAAUUAUCUGCAAGAUUAAAAUUAGAUAUCAUGCAAAUCAAAUCGUUUGCUUAUCAUUUGAUAUAUUGGAGAAGAGCCAGAAUUAUACAACCAUUAUCAACAAGAUCUGUAUUUAUCGUAUCACCAAUGGCACCAAUCUCUUUAAAACUUAUAGAUGAUAUUGUGUUAUUUAAAGAGAAAUUUCCUACAUUACCUUCAUUACCUCAUUUUCUUAAAUUAUUAUCACCACAAUCAAGAAAGCCUCAACAAUUUGCAAGUAUCAUACCGUCGAAGGAUCAUCGCGAAAGUUAUUUACAAGCUUUAGCUUGGUUGAUCAGAUUUGGGUAUGUUACACAAUUGCAAACCUUUAUAUGGUUGAAGAUUUCUCGAAAUAUUAAAAUCAAAGUUGAAGAAGAUUUAGAGAAUGAAAAUUUAAAUAAAAAGAAGAAAAAGAGUCUAACUACUUCUACAGAUAAUACUUUUAAACCAACAGAUAACACAUCAAAGAGAGACCAGGGGAAGCAUUCUUUAGUAACAUCACCUCCAGAACAACCACUUAAAACUACCCUCCCUACAGUUACAUUAACUGAAGAAGACGAUACAAUAAUCCUUGAUCCAGGCAGAGCCUCAAAUCUAGAACGAAAAUGGAUAAAUAAGAUUAUAUUUGAAGAAUGUAAGUUAUCAUCCGAGUUAACCACGGUGUUUUAUAAGCUAUUAAAAUAUAUGAAUGGAAAAUCUUCACUAGAAUUGUUAUUAUUAAAGGAAAAUAUUUCAAUUCUUGAAUUAAGGAAAUUGUUGUUUGAAAUUGAAGAUUAUAUUAUUUCAGUUAGGCAUUGGUGA